AUGGCAAUAAAAGUAGCUUUAGUUUUAUGGCUAAUUGUUGUAGUGGCUAGUUCUCUAAGUGUUGAGGGUAGGGAAGUCACUAGUAAGAUAGGAGGUGAAGGAAAUGUGAAGAAGCCAGAAACAUUUUGGGGUGGAGUUGGUGGUGGAGUGGUUGGAUGGAAGAAGGGGUGGCAUUUUGGACACUCAUUUGGCUAUGGAAAGGGAGUUGGGUUUGGGGUAGGACAUGGCAUAGUGUAUGGCAAGCCUGAUUGCUACGGAAAAGGAGGUGCUGUUGGUGGAGUAGUCGGUGGUGGAGUUGGCGGUGGUGUAGGUGGUGGUGCUGGAGGUGGUGUCGGUGGUGGUGCUGGAGGUGGUGUCGGUGGUGGAGGAGGAGGUGGUAGUGCUGGAGGCGGUGUUGGUGGUGGUGUUAGUGGUGGACAUGGGAAGGGUGGAUACUAUGGAGGUGGGGGUGGACAUGGAACAGGUGGUCAUCAUGGUGAUGGUACAAAGCACCAUAGUGGGAAAAAACAUCAUAGUGGAAGUAAAGGCGGAAGUGUAGUUGGAGGAGGAAUUGGCAAAGGAGUUGGAGGAGGUGUAGGAGGAGCAGUUGGUGGUGGUGCUGGAGGAGGAAUUGGCAAAGGAAUUGGAGGAGGUGUUGGUGGUGUUGUAGGAGGCGGCAUUGUGGGAGGAGUAGGUGGAGGUGUUGGAGGAGGAAUUGGAAAAGGAAUUGGAGGAGGAAUUGGCAAAGGAAUUGGAGGAGGCAUUGGUGGUGUUGUAGGAGGCGGUGUCGUUGGCGGAGUAGGUGGUGGUGUUGGAGGAGGAAUUGGCAAAGGAAUCGGAGGGGGAAUUGGCAAAGGAAUUGGAGGAGGUGUUGGCGGUGUUGUAGGAGGUGGUGUUGUUGGAGGAGUAGGUGGUGGAGUCGGAGGAGGAAUCGGUAAAGGAGUUGGAGGCGGAAUAGGCAAAGGAAUUGGAGGCGGUAUUGUUGGAGGAGUAGGUGGUGGCAUAGGAAAAGGAAUUGGCGGAGGAAUCGGGAAAGGAAUUGGAGGCGGUAUUGUUGGAGGAGUAGGUGGUGGCAUCGGAAAAGGGAUUGGCGGAGGAAUCGGGAAAGGAAUUGGAGGCGGUAUUGUUGGAGGAGUAGGUGGUGGCAUCGGAAAAGGGAUUGGUGGAGGAAUCGGCAAAGGUAUCGGAGGAGGUGUUGGUGGAGGAGUAGGUGGUGGCAUCGGAAAAGGAAUUGGAGGAGGAAUUGGCAAAGGAAUUGGAGGAGGGGUUGGUGGUGUUGUAGGAGGUGGUGUUGUUGGAGGUGUAGGAGGAGGAAUUGGCAAAGGAAUCGGAGGAGGAAUCGGCAAAGGAAUUGGAGGCGGUAUUGUUGGAGGAGUAGGUGGUGGUAUUGGAAAAGGGAUUGGAGGAGGUGUGGGUGGCGGAGAUGGUAUUGGUAGUGGUUUCGGAGGAGGAAUAGGUAGUGGUGGCGGAAUAGGAGGAGGUAUUGGUAAAGGAAUCGGUGGAGGAAUUGGAAAAGGUAUUGGUGGUGGAAUAGGUGGAGGCAUUUGGAAGGGAGUCGGUGGAAGUAUAGGAGGUGGCUUUGGCAAGGGAUUUGAAGGAGGAAUUGGAAAAGGUAUUGUUGGUGGAGUAGGGGGUGGUAUUUGGAAGGGUGUAGGAGGAGGCAUUGGAGGUGGGUUUGGAAAAGGAAUCGGUGGUGGUAUAGGGGGAGGUAUUUGGAAAGGUGUAGGAGGUGGUAUUGGAGGUGGCUUUGGCAAAGGAAUAGGUGGUGGGAUGGACGGAGGUAUUUGGAAGGGAGUUGGUGGAGGAAUAGGCGGAGGUAUUUGGAAGGGAGUUGGUGGAGGCAUAGGAGGGGGCAUUGGUAAAAAGUUCGAAGGAGAGAACAAAAUUGUUCAUAAAUCACCAACACAACACUAA